AUGUAUCUUCGGAUGACAUCCGGCACUGAAAAUUUGCCGUGUGCGUAUGCAUACAUCGAGUUUACCAAUCAACCAACAGUCCCAAUUGCACUACAAAAUAAUGGCAUCGAAUUUAAGGGUCGCUGUUUACGCAUACAACAUUCUCGGGUUGCUAUAAUUAAACCGGAAAGAAAGACGGCAGACAUGGCCUUGCAAGAGGUCGAAGAAGCCAUUCGGGUCAAUCAAAAUCCAGAUAAAUCCGUUAAUGCCCUCAGUAAGCUGAACCAAGGAUUGGGAAUGGACCGAAGUUACUCUCCUUUGCGACGAUCUGGGUCCCCUCGACGUCAUCGAAGUCGUAGUUCAAGCAGACGUCGACGCUCUCGAUCACGGUCAAAAUCACGCCGUCGACAUCGGAGCAAGUCUAAAGAUCGACGAUCACGCAGUAGAUCGCGCGAACAUCGUAGACGUUCUCAUUCUCGUCAUCGAAGACUUUCACGUUCAAAAGAUAGGAAAGAGAAAGAUAAAGAAAAGGAACGACGCGAGAAAGAAAGAGAGAAGAAGGAACGAAAACGAAGUAAAAGUCGCACACCGCACAAGAAGGAUGACAGACGUGAACGUGAUAAGGAUAAGGAUAGGAAGGAAAAGGAUCGUGAAAGUAACAAUCGAAGAGAUAAGGAAAAAACUAAUCGAAGUGAAAAAAGUGAUAAGAAAGAAGAAAAGGAUCAUGAUAAGGGGAAGAAAAGUUCGCGCAAAGAGAAAGAACGUGAAAGGAGUAGUCGAAAAACUGACAGCAAGAGUAGUUCAAUUAAAGCUGAAGUGAAACUGCAGAUCGAACAUGGCGAAAGCAUGGAAGUAGAUCACCCAGAACAGAUAACAGCUUCAGAUGAAACCGCUAUGAGGGAAAGACUGAUGGAAAAAGUUUUGGCACGUAAUGGACCGAGAAAAGAAAGCAUGGAUGUUGAGAUAAUCGAUACGGAUAGGGAAAGAGAUGAACAACAAGAAUCGAAACGAAGCAACAGUAGUGAUGGUGAAUCUCUUCGGAAAAAAUCUCGGAAAUGCUCGAAAUCAUCUAGUUCAUCAUCUCAUUCUGAAUAA